AUACUUUUCAGAGUAAAGAGACGGCCGGAAAAAUCAUGGCGACGGCAGCGAGCAGCUCGACGAUCAAAGACCCCAGAUGGUCUCUCAGUGGCUUAACCGCUCUCGUCACCGGUGGCACUCGUGGAAUUGGGCAUGCAGUAGUGGAGGAACUAGCAGGGCUAGGAGCAACGGUGCACACAUGUUCAAGAAACGAAACAGAGCUGAAUAAGUGCUUGAAGGAAUGGGAGGGCAAGGGUUUUCGGGUCAGUGGCUCAGUCUGUGAUAUAUCCUGUGGAGACCAGAGGGAGAAGUUGAUGGAAAAAGUGGCUUCUCUUUUCAAUGGAAAACUCAACAUACUAGUUAACAAUGUAGGGACAAAUAUCAGAAAGCCAACUGCUGAGUACGCUGCUGAAGAAUUCUCAAAAGUCAUGACUACCAACUUUGAUUCUGGAUACCAUCUGUGCCAACUUGCGUAUCCUCUUCUGAAAGCAUCUGGAGUGGGAAAUAUUGUGUUCAUUUCUUCUGUUUCAGGCCUGUUCCAUGUAGCUAGUGGGUCCGUUUAUUCAGCAAGUAAAGCUGCAAUGAAUCAUCUUACAAAAUAUCUGGCUUGUGAGUGGGCAAAGGAUAAUAUACGGUCCAAUAGCGUUGCACCUUGGUAUAUCAAAACCUCUCUUGUAGAAACUGAUCUCGAAAACAAACAAUUCUUAGAAGAGAUAAUCUCACGAACACCUCUCCAACGUGUUGGGGAAUCAAAAGAAGUAUCAUCUCUGGUGGCAUUCCUUUGCCUUCCAGCAGCCUCAUAUAUCACCGGACAAGUUAUUUAUGUUGAUGGAGGAUUCUCAGUGAAUGGUUUUAAUCCCAAAAUGAGACUAGAUUUCCCCUAAUGAGGUUGCAUUAUAUGCACAAUAAAAUUUCCCCUGAUGAGGUUGCAUUAUAUGCACAAUAAAAUUUAGUAAACCAUGUUACUGCACUGUAUGUGGUCACUAAACAUGUUAUUCAGGAGAAUCCGUGUCAGUAAAUUUGAUAAAUAAUAAUAAUGUUCGACACUAUUUAUUUCUGUUUCGAUAAAUAACUAGUUUAACA